AUGUCCUCGCUUUUCGACGCCGUCAUUCAGUCCGAGCUGGGCUCCGGCCCUGCUUCUCGCGACCAGAAUCUCCAAUCCGACCACCUCCCGAGUUCUCGUCGCUCUGAGAGCAAUGGCCCAAUGAGUGAUAUGAAUGCAUUCCCCGAUGACCGAGUCGUCGGGGCCGGUAACUCGGCGGUUAACCGUCUUCGUAACCCCUACGCCCCGGGCCCCCCGAUGGUGAUCGAUGAAGCUGGCGAGAAGGUACAGCAGGCCUUCGAGGAGCUAUUGGAGACCUUUGUCGAAGAGCCUUCUUCAUCAGCACCGCCGUCCUCCGGCGAGGUCCUGAGCGACAAAUACUAUAUCGCGCAGAUCAAGGGCAUGAAAAAAUUCGAAUUGUCGACGCUUUACGUGGAUUUUACCCAUCUGACUUCCUUGGACAACCAAAUUUUGGCCGACGCCAUCGCCAGCCAGUACUAUCGCUUCCAACCUUUCCUCACCAAGGCAUUGCACAAUCUCAUCGCCAAGCACGAACCGGAAUACUUCGUCUCCCACCGUCUGACUGCCAGCGCUAACUCCCAGGCCAGCACAUCUGUUGCCUCGGCAUAUGCGAAUGUGUCCGAAAACCCUGAUCUGGAUAGCAAUAUUCGGCAGAAGACCCGCCACCAGCAGACAGAUAAGCUGUUCGCCCUGGCAUUCUACAAUCUGCCAUUGGUGUCCAGACUACGACAGCUCCGGACGUCGCAGAUCGGAAAGCUGUUGUCCGUCUCGGGGACUGUCACCAGAACUUCCGAAAUUAGACCGGAGUUGUCGCUGGGAACGUUUAUCUGUGAGGGCUGCAAGUCUGUCGUGAACAAUGUCGAGCAAACAUUCAAAUACACUGAGCCGACCGAGUGCCCCAACAACACCUGUGGAAAUCGACACGGGUGGCGGCUAGAUAUCGGAAAGAGCACAUUCGUCGAUUGGCAGAAGGUUAAGCUCCAGGAGUCGUCCCACGAGAUUCCGACCGGUAGCAUGCCGCGUACCAUGGAUGUUAUCCUGCGUGGUGAGAUGGUUGACCGCGCCAAAGCUGGCGAGCGUUGCAUUUUCACUGGAACUCUGAUUGUGGUGCCCGAUGUCAGUCAGCUGGGUCUCCCCGGUGUGCGUCCUGAAGCCGUCCGUGACAACGGAGCUUUUCGCAGCAACGAGGUUGGCGGCGGUGGAGUUUCUGGUCUCAAAGCCCUGGGUGUUCGCGAUCUGACCUACCGCCUGGCUUUCCUUUCCUGUAUGGUCACACCCGACACCACCACUCCAGGUCAGAAACCGGAGCAACAAUUAAGCGGCCAGUCCAACAACAUCCUGGCUUCCUUGAACCAAAACCAGGACCCUGACAUGAACGACGACAAAGCACAAGAAGCUUAUCUCCAAAGCCUCACGCCCACCGAGGUCCAGGACCUCAAGAGAUUGGUGCACUCGGAAUACAUCUACUCUCGACUGGUGGACUCGAUCGCACCUAUGAUCUGGGGUCACCGUCAGAUUAAGAAGGGAUUACUUUUGCAGUUGAUUGGUGGUGUGAGCAAGACGACUGAGCAAGAGAGCCUGCAACUGCGUGGUGAUAUUAACAUCUGCAUCGUCGGCGACCCUUCCACCAGUAAGAGCCAAUUCCUGAAAUACAUUUGCUCUCUGCACCCUCGUGCAGUCUACACUAGCGGCAAGGCUUCAUCAGCUGCCGGUUUGACCGCUUCGGUCGUGAAGGAUGCCGAGACUGGCGAGUUUACUAUCGAGGCUGGUGCACUGAUGCUUGCGAAUGGAGGCGGUAUUUGUGCAAUUGAUGAGUUCGAUAAGAUGGACAUUGCCGACCAAGUCGCGAUCCACGAGGCCAUGGAGCAGCAGACUAUUUCCAUUGCCAAGGCAGGCAUCCACACCACCCUCAAUGCCCGUGCAUCUAUUCUCGCGGCCGCAAACCCCAUCGGCGGCCGGUACAACCCGAAGGUCACGCUCCGACAAAACCUCAACUUCAGCGCCCCGAUCAUGAGUCGAUUCGAUGUGUUCUUUGUGAUUCGCGAUGAUCCCAAAGAAUCGGUGGACCGCAACCUCGCAAACCACAUUGUCAACGUGCACAUGAACCGCGACGAGGCCGUCGAGCCCGAGCUGAGCACGGAGCAACUGCAGCGCUACAUCCGGUUCGCGCGGACAUUCCGCCCCGUUUUCACCGAUGAGGCCAAGACCCUACUGGUUGAAAAAUACAAGGAGCUUCGCGCCAAUGAUGCCCAAGGCGGCAUGGGCCGUUCCUCCUACCGUAUUACUGUCCGCCAGCUCGAGUCUCUGAUCCGGUUGUCCGAGGCCGUCGCCAAGGCCAACUGUGUCGAGGAAGUCGUACCCAAGUUUGUGGUGGAAGCCUACGAUCUCCUCCGCCAGAGUAUCGUGACGGUCGAGAAGGACGACGUUGAGGUCGAAGAUGACGAGGUUGGUGCGCAUGCCAACAAGGACAUUGAGGACCACGAAAUGGCGGACCAGGACGGCGACGGAGGUGAUAGCCCCAUGCGCGAUGCUGGUGACGAGCCGCAGCCUCCUGCGCAGCAGGAACGCCAGAAGACCAAGAUCACCUACGACAAAUACUCGAAGAUCCUCAACUUGAUUGUGCGACGUGUCCACGACGACGAGGUCAACUCAGGCGAGGGUGUCGAGGAAGAAGACCUGAUCGUCUGGUACCUCGAGCAGAUCGAGUCCGAACUCAACAACCAGGAGGAUAUGGAGCGCGAGCGCGACCUGACUGGAAAGGUCCUGAAGCGCAUGGUCAAGGACAAAAUCCUGCUGCGCAUCUCUCCCGGUCUCAUGGAUGGCAGUGCUGGUGCUCAGCAGCCCAGUGGGGACAACGACAAGGUCCUUUAUGUCUUGCAUCCCAACUGCGCCCUUGAGGAAAUGUAA